GAAGCACCUGAGAGGCAGCCACUCGGCCCCAGCACUGCGGGCCCCUCCCUCCCUCCGACGGUUUCACUUUUGUUUUCUUUUCCCAGCCCUUCGGCUUCAGGGCGAAGGGGAAGGAGUCCGGCGGAAGGCCUGGGCUGCGGCGGCCCAGGCAGCCGGGGGAGCGCUGUGAUGACGGACGAGGAAGAGGCAGAGCUGAGGGCAGCAGUGGAACUCAGAGGCCUGCCCCCCGACGUCCCAGACGAGCUGCUCACACUCUACUUUGAGAACCCUCGAAGCUCUGGGGGUGGCCCGGUGUCGAGUUGGCAGAGACUUGGCCGCGGGGGCAUCCUCACCUUCCAGGAGGCUGCAGAUGCAGCGAGGGUCUCGGCCCAGGAGGAGCACAUUCUGCACGGCGCUCGGCUGAGCCUGCGGCCAGCCCCACCACGCGCCCCUGCGCGCCUGCUGCUCCAGGGGCUGUCUGCUGGCACGGGACCCCGGCGCCUGGAGCAGUACGUCCAAGCCCUGCUUUGUGCCGCCGGGCAGCCGGUGCAGCCGUGCCGCGCCCUGGCCAGUCCCCGACCAGACCGGGCCCUGGUGCAGCUGCCCAAGCCCCUUUCAGAGGCAGAAGCCCGCCUCCUGGAAGAGCACGCCCAGGCCCUGAGCCUGGAGGGGGCCGAGGUCUCCCGGGCCUGGGUGCCCCAGGCCCGGGCGGUGCGUGUCACGGGGGGCAGCCCCCCUGCAGACCUGCUGCUGCUGGAGCUGUACCUGGAGAAUGAGCGCCGCGGUGGCGGGGGGGCCCUGGAGGGCGUGCGCAGCCUGCCAGGGCACCUGGGCACCAUCGCUCCCUUCCAGCAGUGGCAGGUGGCCGAACGGGUGCUGCAGCGGGCCCACCAGCUGCAGGGUUCAGAGCUGAGCCUUGUCCCGCACUACGAUGUCCUGGAGCCCGAGGAGCUCAGCGAGCACACCAGUGGAGGGAACCGCUUGGCCGAGCUGGGGCCUGGGGCCCCCAAGCCUGCUCUCCUGGAGGCUGGAGGGCCAGCAAGGGCACAGAAUUGUGCAGGGAAUGUGACAUUGGGCUCUGAGGAGGCACCGGGGCAAACAGGAGCCUCUCUGAGGACAGGUCCUCUCUGGGACAGGUCCUCGCUGGGACAGGCCAGGCCAGUCAGCUCAGGGCCCGUGGGGUCUUCAGAACAGGAGGGGCUGGUGAGCCCAGGGCCUACGGGGUCUCCAGGCCCAGGGGAGAUCGCCGUGGAGUCUCUGGAGCAGGUGGCGUCGAUGAGCCUGGGCCCUGUGGGGUCCCCGGGGCAGGAGGGCCUGGUGGAGACAGUGCUGCCGAUGGAGCUGGGAGCAAUGCGCUUCAUUCAACUCUAUCAUGAGGACCUUCUUGCUGGCCUGGGAGACGUCGCCCUCUUCCCGCUCGAGGGAUCAGAUAUGACUGGAUUUCGGCUCUGCGGAGCCCUCGCCCCAUGCCAGGCAACCGAGGAGUUUCUGCAAAGUCUGCUGGGCAGCGUUAGCUGUCACGUGCUGAGCCUGAAGCACCCAGGCAGCGCCAGGUUCCUGCUGAGCCCAGAGGGGCAGCGCCUUCUGCGGGGGCUGGAGGCUCAGUUCCAGUGCGUCUUUGGGACAGAGCGUCUGGCCAGGGCUGCCCUGGACACAGACCCGGGAGAGGUGGACCCCACUGAGGCCCUACAGGCCCUCCCUGGCCACUCCCACACCCUGUGGCCUCCAGACAAUAUGGACGGUGACCAGGAGAAUAUGAGCCUAGAGGAGGUCCGAGAGCUGCUGGCCGCCCUGGAGGGCCUGGACGGGGAAGACUGGCUGCCCCUGGAGCUGGGGGAGGAGGAGCCUGAGGGGCAGCCGGAGGAGGAGAAGACUCCCAGGGCUGGGGAGGGGCCCGUGGCCCCCAGCACCGGGGCACCCGGGCGGCUGGAGGAGGAGGCCGAGCUGCAGCUGGCUCUCUACCGGUCACUGGAGCCACAGGGCCAGGCGGCCGAGCGGGAGGAGGCUGUGGCGCUGCAGCGGGCCCUGGCCCUCUCCCUGCUGGAGCCGCCCCCGCUGCAGGAAGAACAGGAGGAGCUCCGGGGUGGGGGGCCUGGUAGCUGGGCCCAGCUGGAGGUGCAUGCGGCCUUUGAGCAGGAUAUGGAUGAGCUGGACCAGGCCCUAGAGGCGGCCUUGGAGGUGCACCUCCGGGAGGAGACGGUGGGGCCCCAGGGCUGCGUGCUGCCCGCGGAGCUGUGCGCCCGCCUGGAGCGGCGCCACGGCGUGAGUGUUGCCCUUCGUGGUGACCGCACCGUCCUCCGUGGCUUUGGGACCCAGCCCACCCGUGCGGCCCGCCACUUAGCAGCGCUGCAGGCUGGCCCCCGGGAUCAGAGCUUGGCCUUUCCCUUGGCGGCUUCGGGCCCCACUCGUGAGUCUGCAGCCCGCGCGGGGGAGGGCAGGGUGGACCGGUGCCCCAGGUAUGGCCCGCACCCCCUUUCUCUCUGUGUGUCAGUGCCACAGCAGAGGCCGAGGGAGCCCUUGGGCAGGCUGGAGUGCGUGGCCGAGAGCAGCAGUGAGUUCCAGACGGUAGUGCAGGCCUUCUACGACACACUGGACGCUGCCCACGGCAGGAUCCAUGUUGUCCGGGUGGAGCGUGUGUUGCACCCGCUGCUGCAGCAGCAGUACGAACUGCACCGGGAGCGCCUGGAGCAGUGCUGUGACCGGCGGCCGGCCGAGCAGGUCCUGUACCACGGCACGUCGGUGGCCACCGUCCCAGACAUCUGCGCGCACGGCUUCAACCGCAGCUUCUGCGGCCGCAACGGCACGCUCUACGGACAGGGCGUGUACUUCGCCAAGCGCGCCUCCCUGUCGGUGCUGGACCGCUACUCGCCCCCCGACGCCGAGGGCCACAAGGCGGUGUUCGUGGCGCGGGUGCUGACCGGCGACUACGGGCAGGGCCGCCGCGGGCUGCGGGCACCCCCCCCGCGGCCCCCCGGCCACGCGCUCCUGCGCUACGACAGCGCGGUGGACUGCCUCCCCCGGCCCAGCAUCUUCGUCAUCUUUCACGACACCCAGGCGCUGCCCACCCACGUCAUCACUUGCAAGCACAUGUCUCGGUCUCCCCCUGGAGACCCCCCUGGGCUCUUGAGCAACUCCCCAGCCACCUAACCUUAGAGGCCCCGCCCCCUCGGCCCAGCCGCUGGCCUCCUGCUCCCCAGGCUCCCCGCUCCGCACAGCCCCACCGCACCCUUCCCCGCCCGAGCUGCCCCCGGGGGCGCCCCUGCCUCCUGCAGUGGUGCCCAUACGGGCGGCCGGACGAGGAGGGCUUGGGCAGGGUUCCCCGCCCCCCCCCACCCUCGGGCUGGCCCAACCACCAGGGGUCAGCAGAGCCCAGGAGGAGGGGGGCCGGCCCUCGCCCGAGCGCGACUGUGUUGUUUAAAUAAAUGUGUACGUGAAA